AAAUAAAAGCGAGUUUAUAAGCAGUUAAGGAUGGAGACUACUAGGGUUCGAGAGAGGGAUGCGGCCGCUAGGGCAGAUAGCAGCUUCCAACGGCGGCAAGGUUCCAGGUGACGGAUUCCAGGUAGUGGAUGUUUUUCUGCCGAACAAGAGGGACAAGUGGGGGAACAGAUUUGGUUUUGUUCGAAUGGUAGGAGUGCAAAAUGAGGAACAGAUGGUGAAAAAGCUGAAUGAGAUUUGGUUUGGGCAAUAUAAGUUGAGGGUGAAGAGGGCUGACCACGGAAGCGGCUUCCCGAGAAGACGAAGGUAUCAGGCAGUUGUGGGGAAGAGUAAGUGGGUUGAAAAGCAACAACCACAAGGUAUGAUAGCAACGAAGAAGGUAUCAGUUAAGCGACAUGAGGGUCGGGAUAUAGAGCAGAGGGUACUGGGUGCCGAGAAUGAGGGAGAGGGAUCGGGUGAAAAGGAAAAGGUACAAGAAAAGAGUAUGGGUGUAGAUAAAGAGUGUAUUAUUGCGUUUGAGCCUACAAAGGAAGAGAAUCAAUGGCUAGAAGGGGGCAUGGUCGCUGUUUUGAUCUCUUUAAUGUCAGUGACAGGUAUUCAAGAGAGAAUGGAUGUGGAUGGAGGGCUGCUUGCAUUAUUUCCAUUAGGGGGAAGUUUCGUGCUGCUUCUUGAAAAGGUGAAGGGCUACCUUGGUGAGUAUAUGGUGCAGAACAGAGAAUUAUUCGAUACAUGGUUUGAAUCUAUAUUACCAUGGGCAUUAGUACUGGCACGAAGUAGUCGAUUGGUGUGGCUGCGGAUAUCUAGUAUUCCGUUGAAUGCAUGGACUGAUAGAUGUUUUGAAAUGAUAGGAAGAACAUUCGGGGAGGUGGUGAAGGUGCAUGAAGAUACCAAAUCCAAAGCUGUUUUGUGUGAAAGAAGGCUACAUGAGAUACAAGUAAUGGAGGAGGGAUGGAGAUCAGACCCAGAUUGGUGGCUAUCGGAGGGUGACCGACGGAGUACGACGGGGGCAUUAUUGGAAUAUUCCUCCACGCAUAUUGAUAGUGAGGAUCAAAGAUUUAUUGAUGACGAGAUUCUCGGCGAAGAUGAAGAUAACAUUGAAUUGGAGCUGUUACAGGAGAAUGGAAUUUUGAAUUCAAAAAGCAAGCAGAUUGAUGGUGAGUCGCUAACAGGUGGAGAUGGGGGUUAUGACCAUUGUAAUGAAAAUGGGUUGAGGAGUGCUAACGGGCGGCUAAAGGAUUAUAGGGGGUUGAAUGAUAAUGAGCUUGUGGAAGUUAAUGGGCCAAGAGAAGAUGAUGUAGAAAGUUCAUUUAAUAAGAUGUCCAAGGACUCAAAGCAAAAGGGGCAUCAUAAUGAGAAAGCAGAGUGGGUGACGGGACGGACAAAGCAGCGAAGACUGAGGCGCGAGAAAGCUAAGUCGGUGCCAGUGGGUUCGAGUAAGCCGGAGCAACAGGGGGAAGGAGAAUCUCUUUCGAAUGGUUGUAUUGCUCAUCAGAAUCAAGUUAUUCAAUGGGAGAUUAAUAUGCAAGAGGUUUUAUCUUUUAAUGUUAGGGGUUUGGGGAGUAUGGCGAAGAGGAGGGAGUUGGGAAAGCUAGUACGGGUAGAAAAACCAAAUUUGCUAUUCCUACAGGAGACUAAAUUAGAAGGGGUUGAAGAGGGUUUGUGUAAAAAGCUAUGGUACUCAGAUGAUUUUGAUUGGAAUAUGAAAAGUUCGGUUGGUGCUUCAGGAGGCUUGAUCUGUGUGUGGGAUAAAUCAUCAUUUGUUAAGUUGGGGGAAUUUACAGGAGACGGGUAUCUGGGGAUAAAGGGGCAGUGGGGGGUAAAAAAGGAGGUAUGCUUUUUUGUGAAUAUUUAUGCACCGAAUGAAAGGAAGAAAAAAGCUGUAUUAUGGGAUGAGUUGAGGCAGAGGAUUGUCGAGGAGGGUGGUUGGUGGAUGCUUGCAGGGGAUUUCAAUGCUGUUAGGUGUAUGGACAAAAGAAGGGGAAAAAUAGGGGAGAGUGUCGAUAUGAAGGAUUUUGAUCUUUUUAUAGAGACGGCAGGGCUAGUUGAUAGCAAGUUGAUAAAUCUUUUUAUAGAGACGGCAGGGCUAGUUGAUAGCAAGUUGAUAAAUCUUUUUAUAGAGACGGCAGGGCUAGUUGAUAGCAAGUUGAUAAAUCGAAAGUUUACAUGGUACAGACCAGAUGGCACAGCAAUGAGCAGAUUAGACAAGAUAUUGAUGACUGUGGAAAUGAGCAGACAGCAGAUUAGGGACCCAAACCGUUUCGAGUACUGGAUGCAUGGCAACAUCAUCCGGAAUUUAGAAAAGUUGUUGAAGACAAAUGGAAUGAACUGGCUGUGGAUGGAUUUGCAGUUUCAACACGCAGUGAGCACUGUAGCAAAACUUGAUAUGAAGAACGAAGAGGUGGCAUUAGAAGAGGAAGAAUUGGAGGAACGACGGCAAGGUUUUCAAGCACUAUGGGAUAUUAUGAGGAAGAGGGAAUCCAUUUGGAAGCAAAAAUCAAGAAGCAAUUGGGCAAAAUGGGGGGAUGCAAAUUCGAGAUACUUCCACAAAAUUGUAAAUGAGAGAAAGGCUCAUAACAACAUUGUUGGCAUUUCGUGUGAUGGCAGGUGGAUUGAAGAGCCAGAGGUGAUAAAGAGAGAGGUGGUUGGGUAUUUUCGAAGGGCAUUUGCCAAUGACUCACGAAAUCGCCCAAAGCCCACUGGAAUUGGGUUUAAAAGGAUCUUUGAAGAGAUGACAGCAUGGUUAGAAAGACCAUUCUCGAUGGAAGAGAUUGAGGAAGGGUUAAAGAGUUGUGAGGGAACAAAAGCACCGGGGUCGGAUGGAUACAAUUUUAGUUUUAUCAAGUAUGCUUGGGAAUGUAUGAAGGAGGACUUUGUGAGAUUUUUUGAAGAGUUUCACCAGAAUGGCAGGUUAGUAAAAGGGUUAAACUCUUCCUUCUUAACGUUAAUUCCUAAGAAGAUGAACCCCAUGGAACUAAAAGAUUUUAGACCUAUUAGCUUAGUUGGUUGUGUAUAUAAGUUACUAGCAAAAGUGUUGGCUAAUAGGCUGCGGGUGGUAAUGUCGGAGAGCAUUAGUGAUACUCAAUCUGCUUUUUUGGGAGGCCGUCAACUUGUUGACAGCGUGCUAGUCUUAAAUGAGGUGGUGGAUGAGGUUAAGCAGCGUACGCAGCAAGCUUUUAUCUUCAAAGCUGAUUUCGAAAAGGCGUACGACUGUGUAGAUUGGUCCUAUUUAGAUUGGAUGAUGAGCAGAUUUGGUUUUGGCGGGAAGUGGCGAGGGUGGAUUCGAGAAUGCUUUUCAACUGCUCGAGUCUCAGUUUUAGUUAAUGGAAGCCCAACAGAGGAGUUUGCGAUGGGAAAAGGAUUACGACAGGGGGAUCCUUUAUCUCCGUUCCUUUUUCUCAUGGUGGCUGAGGGUUUACAUGGACUAGUCAAAAAAGCAGAAGAGGAAGGAUUGCUACAAGGCAUCACGGUGGGUAACAAUGGCUUAGCUAUUUCUUUGCUUCAAUUCGCGGAUGAUAUAGUGAUUUUGGGGAAAGCUAAUAGUGAGAGUAUUUUUAUGGUUAAAACCAUUUUGAGAUGGUGUGAGUUGAUGUCUGGGUUGCGGAUAAAUUUUGGUAAAAGUAGUGUCUUUGGUUUUAAUGUGUCUCAUUGGUGGAUUAAAGGGGCAGCAAGUGCUCUCCAUUGUGGUGUUGGGGAAACACCCUUUAUGUAUCUGGGUAUGCCGGUUGGUGGGAAGAGUGGGAGCAAGAAGAUGUGGGAUCUAGUUCUGAAUAAAUUUCAAGCCAAGUUAGUUGUCUGGAAGUCUGCUGUGCUGUCUGUUGGUGGUUGCAUCACUUUACUUAACUCGGUGGUGUGGGAGAGGUAUUAUGGUGGAAGGGAGGAAGUGGAUAUUACAGCAGUGGAUACAGUUAGGGUGUCUAGGCUGUGGAGGGAUGUUAUGAGUAUAGGGUUGCGAUCUGAUGGUUUAAAGAAUAUGCUGGUGAAGGGUUUUAGAUGGGGGGUGGGAGAUGGAAGUAGGGUGGAUUUUUGGAAAGCGGUUUGGGUGGGGGAGAAGACUUUGAGGGAUUUGUGUCCUAGGCUGUUUCAAUUGGCGAUACAUAAGGAUGGUUUAGUUAGUGAGAUGGGGGUUUGGGAGGAAGGUAGUUGGAGAUGGAAGAUUGAUUGGAGAAGAGGGAGACGAGGAAGAGAGAAGGAUGAGGAGGUGUUAAGGAUUGUUGGCAGUGGGUGCAUGUUCUUGAUGGCAAGUUUAUGGUGAGACAUGCAUAUGAGUUUUUGGAAUCUACAAAUUACAUUCUUAAUGACCAAUUAUGUAAGUUAAUUUGGUGUCGGUUAGUGCCUUCAAAAGUUAGUUUUUUUGGGUGGAGAUUAUGUCUUGAGCGUCUUCCCACUAAGUCUAGCUUACAAAAAAGAGGUGUGGAUCUGGAUGCAGGUUUAAGGUGUGGGUUGUGUGAUGAGGAAGUGGAAGAGUGUAAUCAUGUAUUUUGUACAUGUACGGAAGCUUGGUUUAUUUGGACUAAGGUGCUGUAUUGGUGGGGUAUGGAGGCUGUAGUGCCGAAUAGAGUGGGGGGAUUAAU